AACAGGGAGUCUCCUGACCCCCCUGUGACCACUGCCUCUCCCUUCAUCUCAGAGUUCUAUCCCUCUCAGGACACACGGGGGAGAUUUCCUCCCGCCCAGCAUCUGUCUGACCAUUUUAUGUGGUGCGAGAUAAAUCCGAAUACAGACGGGUUCAUCGGGUUGAAUGUCUCUCAGUGCUUUCGACUGGGGCAGGACGGCCUCUUUCACUCGAGAGGGCUGGAUGAGGUUCAUAUGGGGCUCAUACACUCAGGUUUCCUUAUCUUUACUGGCAGGGAGGAUGUGCGUCUGAAGUUCCUCCACCCUUCUCUUCAGCAAUCAGAUCCACGGAGGAAUGACUCAGCAUCACCCUAGUCAUCAAUCAGGACCUGGUGCAGUGACAGGCCCUUCUCCUGUUUAGCCCGAGACCUGGUUUCAUUUACAUCUCUUGUGUGCGUGCAUGCCCUGUGUCUCUCAGAGCAUGUAGCCGUCUUUACAUUGUGGAUCUGUUCCUAGGCUUAGCUUUAGAUGAGAUUAGAUUGUCUUCCUCUCCAAUUUGCCUGUUUUUCACACUCUAAACUUAGCCCUCGAAAAUCAAUGCUGCCACUCAGUCGAAGUGUAGUUUAAGAGUUGCUCUAUUGGAAACAUACGUCUGCGUGUAGCUGGCUUGAGGGCAGGCUCAGAUUUUCCCCUCUCUUUCUCUUCUUCACGCACGCUCUUUGUCUCUCACUCUCUCCCGACCACAUACACGCCCAUCCAAUUACAAAUACCGCCGCUCCAUCUCCAUCUUAUACAUAUGCAAGCAUACAGAGAAGCUGCUCUUCUGAGAGGAUUUUUUGAAAAAUCCCCUCCACAUCACGUCGCUGUCAAUUGACAUGUGGCUGAUGUUCAUUUGAAGUGGCGUCCCAAAUCUCCCUGCAUCGCUUCCUCUCUCCCUCCCCCUCCAGUGCUGAUCAACUGCAGCAGGCUGCCCACUGCCACUGGUCUCAUCAAAGCUUAUUGAUUCAAACCACUUUUUUGUUGCAGUCGCUUUAGGGGGAGGGAGGGAUAGAGAGAGAGGGAGGGAGAGAGAGAGAGAGAGCGGGGUCAGGGAAGUAGAGAAUGUGAGGGAGAAAGUGACUGAGAGAAUGUGCUAGUGAGAGAGACCUGGUGUGUGGGGUAGAGUGAGAGAGAGAGAGAGAGAGAGAGGGGGGAAUCGGACAGAGAUUUUUCCCAGCUCGCUUUUUGGUACAGGGCAGGGCUCAGGGCUGGUGCUGGCAUUGCUUCGACCACUUCUAAUGCUCGUUUCCCGGCAGGAGCAACUUAACCAGACCGUGAACGGACGCCGAGCGGCACAAGCAUGACGAGCGCCGCCCCGGCCAGGAAGCCGUACCGCAAGGCCCCGCCGCAGCACCGCGAGACGCGCCACAGCCUUCCCGUCUUCCGGGAGGACGUCAAUGAGGGCACCCUGCCCGCUGGCGGCCCCGGCCCCCCGCCCGACCCCAGCCAGGACUCCUUAUCAGAUGCAGACAGAAUCAAGAUCCUGCAGCAGCAGAAUGAAGACCUGCGCCGGCGGCUCUCGCACACCACCCACAAGAUGGAGGCCAUGGAGACGGAGUUCGAGACCAGCCGGCACUACAUGCAGGCGGAGAUGGGUCGCACGCGCGACGACCUGGAGAAGAUGAGGGACAAGUUCCGCAGACUCCAGAACAGCUACACUGCUUCACAGAGAGCCAACCAGGACCUGGAGGAGAAGCUACAUGCCCUGGCUGCUAUCAGUCAAACUUGGGUCUACGCACUACGGAAAGUGGAGAGGGACAAGAAGACCAUGGACCAGGAAAUAGUUGAGCUCACCAAUAAGCUCCUGGAUGCCAAGAACACCAUAGACAAACUGGAGGAGCUCAAUGAACGCUACCGUCAAGAUUGCAACUUGGCUGUACAGCUGCUAAAGUGCAAUAAAUCCCAUUUCAGGAACCACAAGUUUGCGGACCUGCCCUACGAGCUGCAGGACAUGGUGAACAAGCACAUGAAGAGCAACCUGCCUGAGAGGAGCCCGGGCCCCCAGGGAGCCCAGGGCCAGGACCCCGACUCCCUGAGCCUGACCCCAGCCGACGUGGUGCCCACCUCGGUCAUCGCUCGCGUCCUGGAGAAACCCGAGCCCCUGGUGCUGAACUCGGCCCAGUCCAGCAGCAGCGCCGGCCGACCGGUGGCGGAGGACGUGUUUGUGCACGUGGACAUGACGGGCCCUCAGGCCGAGGGCGGGGGAGGAGGAGGGGGGCGGGAGAACGGCGGCCCCGCCCACAGCCGAGGCCCCUCCCAGAGCGGCAGUGCCGGCAGCCAGAGCCUCCUCCAGCAGAACGGCGUGUGCCGCAGCCAGAGCAGCCUGGAUGGCCAAUCGGGAGAGGAGGGCGCGGCGCCCUCCUUUGAAAAGCUCAACCCGUACCCCGCCCCUCCUCCGCCCCACCCGCUGUACCCGGGGCGCAAGGUCAUCGAGUUCUCGUCCGACGACAAGGUGAAGAUCCCCAAAAACAGCCCGCUGCCCAACUGCACGUACGCCACGCGGCAGGCCAUCUCCCUCAGCCUGGUGCAGAACGACGAGGAGGCCGUGGAGCGCCUGCGCACCGGGCCCAACAGCCCCGCCGUGUCCGACAGCGGCUGGCGCUCCGGCGCCUCCUCCUCCUCCGGGGGCGGCGGAGGGCGGCGGGGAGAACGCGGGCCCGCCCCAUCGCAGCCGGACGUGGCCGAGCCCCUCUCCAGUCAGUCCAGCCCCUUCAGCAGCCCCCCGCAGCCUCCCAGCGCCUUCGCCAGCUCGGGGAGCUCCGAGGAGGACCUGAUGGCCAACUGGCAGCGGAUGUUCGUGGAAAAGAUGGCGCCCGCCUCCGAGGGCACGCUGGUCAACCGCACGUCCUUCAGCAGCGAGACGGUGAAGGACCUCCCGAGGAGCCGGACCGCCGCGUCCACCGGCGGAGGGUCCGACCGGGGGGUGAUGCGGGGGGCCUACUCGGACGGCGAGGAGGGCUCGUCGACGCGGAGCUGGACGGCCAGCCGGGAGUCCAGCCUGGACACGGACACCAGCAGCAUGGCCGAGCUGCGCACCAGGAGAGGGCAGUAUGGAGCCGACUUCUCCCAGGAGGAGAGCGAGCAGCUGCUGAUGACCCUGGACGCCCUGGACCCCCUGGACCACGAGGACGACGCCAGCGGCGACACGGCCAUCACCAUGGGCGGGGCCAGCCCGGCAGAGAGCAAGAGGAAAGAGUUUGCGGGGGAAACGCGCUCGGCGGGAAGCUCAGCCGAGGAGAGGGACGUCGUGCCGCAGGACUUUCCUGUGCUUGCCCCUCGGGUCGCAGCCAGCCUGGAGGACUACUCCGACACCCUGCCUCUCGCCGCCAACGCCCCCGCCUCCGGAAGACCCCAGAAGAGCCCCAAGAGGAUGGGGGUGCACCACCUCCACCGCAAGGACAGCUUGACCAGAGCCCAGGAGCAUGGCAACCUGCUUGACUGACACACAGCAAGGGAACUCCCUCCUGUCAUCUCCAGUGUGGUGAUGACCUCCGCUCCACCUUUCACUAUGGAUGUCUUAAGAUGAUUGGACCAGCCUAACUAUAUGCAGUCCUGGAGCCUCUUUGUGCUGCUGUAUCUGACUGGCUGGGUCAGGAAAAAGAACCUCCGGACUUCUAUAGUAUCUGUAUUGACACUGUCCAGGAACUUGCUCUAUUACCUGGUCUGUCUGUGUGUAAGUCCUGGCUCCAAGUUUGACACUGUUCAAAGAGUUGUUUACCUCUCUUAGCCGUGUGAGCUGUGAAAUGAAACAGUCUGUAGUAACAGAUCAGAAUUUCAAAGGCCCUCCGGAGCUAUUAAGUCACUGAAGGAAAGGUAGUUUCUUUACACUCCCGCUCUACCCCGCUGCAGAUGGUUUCACAACGGAGGUGGUGACUCCAGGAUAUAGCCAUACCUUAUUGUUUUCUUUGUGCGUGUGUUUAAACACCCAGCCAGUAUCUCUUCUAUGGAAAUGACUGAUAGAGCUGCAUUGUUGAAGCUCAGUCCUUGGAGACGGCGGUUAGUGUGCCGAACUGGAAAAAAACGGAAUAGAUGGUGUUUCCUUCGUCGCUUUUUAUGUUUAUUCUUUGCCACCCCCCCACCCCAUCACCUCCGACAAGUAAUAUGGAAUGCAGGCAUCUAAAAUCAAAUCUGAGAGUGGCAAGCACUCAAAUCCCCACCUCCCUUCACACACACACACACACACACACACACACAUACUCCCCCCCCCUCCCCCCAGUGCCUAUUCCUCUCUGUAUGAGAGAGGAGCACUAGCCCCCUUUUGUGAUCUCCUAAACAUACAGUAUAGUUUAACCUUCCUCUGAAGGUUACCAGUUAGUCCAGCAGC